AUGGAGCUUAGCUCCAUUUUUGAGGAGAUCGAGGCCCUGGGUCUGACCCCGCUCACCCAGGGAGAGGACGACCCUCUGCCAGCGGACUUCGGUCUGGGUGGAGACUCUGGUGCGCCGCUUCCUCCUCUCCCCAGCCCUAUGCCCCGGUUGGCUGACCCUGUUCUCACGCUCGGGGCACCCUUAGUGUUGCCCAUUGGCCUGGCUGACUUGGAUGCUGGAACUGAAGCUGCCAAGCCCUCGGGGGCGACGGCUGGCACCAAGCAGCCGGGUCCUGAACUCAGGGGCACCCUAUUCCCAGCUGUUGCCCUAGCAAAGAGGAAGGAUGGUCCAGGGAUUAAGAUUCUACUCAAGGAUUUGGGUGGCCUGAAAUCAUUUCCUGCUCUGCCACAGACUUCCUGUGUAACCUUGAUCAAAUCACUUAGUGGCGAUCUACCUUAUAGAGGUGUUAUAAAGGAACUUGAAAAAAAAUUAAAGAGUUCAUCAAGCACUGAACUACUGCUGGAUAUUUUGCAGAAGACUAUUCUUCACCCCUUGUGCAUGAAAUAUCCCCCUUCCGUGAAGUACAGAAGAUGCUUCAUAGCUGAACUCAUUAAAAAGCAUGAGUCCAUAGCAACCGAACCCUUGGAUGAAUUGUAUGAUGUCCUAGGAGACAUUUUAAAUAAAGAGGAAUCCACCAACUGUUAUAAAAGCUACUUACUGGCCACAGGAGACUCUGUUACGCUUCUGGAGACAGUGGCAAUAAUCUCACAGGGAACCACAGGACUAGUCACGUGGGAUGCUGCUCUUUAUCUCGCUGAAUGGGCAAUAGAGAAUUCUGCCAUUUUCAGCAACAGGACCAUCUUGGAAUUAGGAAGUGGGACUGGCCUCACAGGAAUUGCAAUCUGUAAAACUUGUCAUCCCAAGGCAUAUGUAUUUAGUGACUGCCAUCACUGUGUUCUUGGACAACUAAAGGAAAACAUCCAUUUAAAUGGCUUUGUUUUGGAGUCUGAAACUGUGAAUCACGCCAAACAGCAAUCCCAGAGCCAGAGGGCAGAACUGACAGAUUUACAAGGACCAAAAAUAACAGUUGCAGAACUUGACUGGGAUUCCGUCACAAAGGAACAACUUUCAAAGCUUCAAGCUGACGUUGUCAUUGCAGCAGAUGUAGUGUAUGAUCCUGAGAUAACUUUAUCCCUCAUCAGUGUCCUGCAGCAAUUUUCCACUUCCAGAACUGCUGGAAAACCACCUGAGAUCUACAUUGCCUUCACAGUUCGUAAUCCAGACACCUAUCGCCUCUUCCAAACUGAACUUGGCAAAGUUGGGCUUGGAUGGCAGGUUGUUCCUACUCACACAAAGAACCUUUUCCUAUCUGACCUGCAGUCAAACAUAACUCUGCUAAAAUUACUAGUGGAGACUUUGUAAAUCCAAUAUUACUUGCAGAAAAAUUUUGAUAUUUAUGAUCAUAAUGUCCUUGAAUUCUGGACACGUACUUGAGAAGCAGACUCAAAAAGCAAAUUUUAAGCUCUGUACAUUGUAAAUGUUUUAGACAGCUUCUAGAGGGGCUCCAUUGCAGGACCAAACCCUCAUGCAGACUGAGACAUUCUUCCAAGGGCGUAUGGAAGUAAACUGUACUGUGUCUUUGGCAUUGUGAUAUGCAAACACUGGAAAUAAGUUUUGGGAGACCAAAAAUAAUGAAUCUCUUUUCCUGGCAUGGUGAAAUAGAGCAACGAACAUUUUCUCUGUUUUUAUAGUAAAGAAUUAUUUAUAUUUGCUCUUGGUUUUGAGCUAUGAUCUGUUUAUUUAGACUCUUUACUGUGCUUGUCUUCCUGUCACAACUUGAAUAAUAGAAUAGCUACAAUAAAUGCAUUACAAUGCCAUAGGUUUGCCUAGUAUUUGAAGUAUACAUCAGGGGUUCAGAUUCUGAUUUAAAUUGGAAUUAAGUCCAUAACUGUUGUGUAUGUGAACUAAAUCGCGCUGCAGGGCUCCAUCCUAUCAGGCCUACUGUCCUCAUGGGAACUCUUGGGCAGUUUCAUUUCUCAUUGAAGUUCAGUUUCGGGCUGUUCAGCUCCUUGGAGCUUUGAGCCACAUAUUGGACAAACAGAUGGGAUUGGGGAAUAGCAGGGGAGGGUCUGAACAGAGUCAAAGCCAUUUGUUUUGUUGUAGGUGCGUCGUAUUGAUUGCCGUUGGGAGUGGGACGGAAGGUUAGAGUCGGUUGGGAGUGGAGUGAGCCUGGGCUGUGGUAGGCCCACGGGAAAUAGGAAUUCCAACUGGCUGUGCAGGAGAGGCAGGACAUUAGCCCAUGAGAAGAUGGAGGUUGUGCCAUACCCAGGAUGAGGAAGGGGGUUCACACGACUGAGGAGGAGGUAGGCCUAUCUUGGAAGUAUCUUACUUUAAAAUUCUGUGUCACAUACAGACACGAGGAAGAUCUCGUUUCCUUUAAACCACACAGUAUGGACAGAUUGAGUACAGGUUAGACCACCCUGAGCCGCACCCUAGGGGCCCUACUGGUACUGGAUGAGGGAUUUUGCCAGACCAGGGAGCGUCAUUUCUGGCCCCCCCACCACCAACCUCCAGCAAGCCUUGGCCCAGCUGCCAGCCUCCUCGCCAGCUUCCCCUCAUCACUGAUCCCCGCUGCCCUGCCAGGCAGCCCUGCUGCUGCUGCAGACCAAGCUCCAAGUCCCGCUGGGAAGCCCCACUGCCGCUCACCAGGCUCCCACAGCCUGGUCAGCCCGCUGGGCUCCCAGGCACCAGCCUUCCACCAGGAUUCUCUGAUCCUGCAACAUCCACGGUCCAGAGAGUUUCAACCUGUACGCUGUCAGCCCAUUGCAGCC